UUGUUGGUACUUCGCGAAGGCGAAUGAAUGGACGUUGUGGUGCACUGAGGUGCCUUUGCUCACGAUUGUCAAAGAUGACAUGAACCUUUCAGCUCGUUAAUAACAUCUACCGCUCCGGUCUUCCACGAUUUUCCACCUCUGGGUACCAUGGCAACGAGGAUGAAGCUGAAGCUGAAGACUGUGUUUGUGCUCUACUUCAUGGUCUCCCUCAUGGGCCUCGUCUAUGCACUAAUGCAGCUGGGUCAGCGCUGCGACUGCUCAGAGCACGACUUGCCCAAAGACCGUACCAUAUCUCGGCUGCGGGGGGAACUGCAUCGUUUUCAGGAGCAGAUAAGGAAGUCCGAGGCGACGAAGCAACCACAGAAACAGCCAGCUAAGCCCACCAUCUUUGUCAUCACCCCGACAUAUGCAAGGCUGGUGCAGAAAGCCGAGCUGACUCGUCUGUCCCAGACCUUCCUCCACGUUCCUCAGCUCCACUGGAUCGUUGUGGAGGACUCGCCACACAAGACGCCACUGGUGACUGACCUGCUGGUGAAGAGUGGGCUGACCUACACACACCUACACAUGCCCACCGCCAAGGACCGCAAACUGCAGGAGAGUGACCCCAGCUGGCUGAAGCCUCGCGGAGUAGAGCAGCGGAAUGAGGGUCUGCGGUGGCUCAGAGAGGACAGAAGGGCUCAGCCAGGAGGAGACAACCAGCAGGGAGUGGUUUACUUCGCUGACGACGAUAACACAUACAGCCUGCAGAUAUUUGAAGAGAUGAGGAGUACCCAGCGAGUGUCGGUGUGGCCGGUGGGGCUGGUUGGAGGGAUGAAAUACGAGAGGCCCGUGGUUGAAGGAGGAAAGGUGGUGCGCUUCCAUACCGGCUGGCGUCCCAGUCGCCCCUUCCCGAUGGACAUGGCCGGCUUCGCGGUGUCCCUCAAACUGGUCCUGGCCAAUCCAGAGGCCUGCUUUGACGGCGAUGCACCAAUGGGCUUCCUGGAGAGCAGCUUCCUUCAGGGAUUGGUCACCAUGGAUGAACUGGAGCCGAAAGCAGACAGCUGCUCUAAAGUGCUGGUGUGGCACACACGGACAGAGAAACCCAAGAUGAAGAGAGAGGAGGCUCUGCAGGCUCAGGGACUUGGUUCAGACCGUGCAGUUGAGGUCUGAAGAACACACACACUCACUCAUUCCCACACACCUACACACACACGCACACACACUUACAUUGUAAAGCGUUCUCCGCCGCAUAUGUAACUCUGUGUUGUAAAUACUGUAAACCAGACAGCGAAAUCAGUUCAAGGUCACAUUUAAAUGUAUCUGGUCUUUUACGUGUCAGGUAGUCAAUGUACGUGUGUGUGUAUAUAUUGAGUGAGUGUGUUGUUACAACAGUGUAUGUCAGUGUAUGUAUCAGGGUUUCCUUUGUUUUCACUGAGUUAGGCGUCCUUGUCCAGCGGUACAGUGGAGGAUGACUCUGGAGUUCAAACAUUUGCCUGAUGGGGGCGCCAGUAUUCCAUUUGGUAACGGCACGCUGUUACACCACCAAUACCUUAUUCCCUGAAGCUUGAGGAGCGAUGCAUCUUAGGACAGGGUCCAUGCUCACCUCAUUCGUAGGCUUCCACAUUUACUUGUGCUCAAUUUAAAUCCUGCAGUGUAACUCAUUCCUGGUGGCUCUUUGAUAUUUUUUAUGGCUGAGCCUGAUUAGUGUCCGUUAUCAGCCAUGUAGAUGCGUUUUUAGUCAAAACAACACCACCAAUAUUGCAUGAUAAUAAGCUUUAUACAAUGUCUAAUCAAACUGUCUGCAUUUGCUAUCGAGGUAAUACUAUUGUGGAGCAAAGGGGAAUUUUUUGACAGUAAACAAUAUUCACAGCAUACAUGAAAACUUACAAAUGAAUUAAGAACAAUGCUUGAUAGUCGUUGCCUUGUAUUUAUUAUGCUCUCAUACAUACACCUGUGAUCCAGACACAAGUGGUGCAACUUGGCCACACGAUGCUGUAACAUGGACAACAACAAAUACCGAGGCGCAGUGGUUCCACACCCAGCGCAGCUUUAGCGGUGAGGCUCAGAGCACAAAUGCUGGAUGUAUGUUUCAUAACAAGAGCUAAUUCUAGCCAGCAUUUUUAUAUAUGUAUAUUUUUAGUGAUGCUUUUUAAAAAAAGGUACGGCUUGUGGAAUCCAUUUAGAGGCCUUGAAUAAGGGAACAACACUAUUGAAACUCAUGUAAACCCCUGAUGCAAUAAACCAAUGCAAAGCACGCGGUCCAUGUUCCAUUUCCACGCUUUAAUGACAAAUAUAAAUUGAACUACUCGAGCUGUGCUUGAUUAAUUUCGCCAACAUCCUCAGAAGUUGGAAGAAUAAAGAGCAAAAUAACAUUGUUGUAUGAUACUGUAAAAACAGCUACUGCCUGCUUCCGUGUAAUUAGUCAAUUCUCUACUGGUGUAUUAUGUAUUUAUUACUGUAACAUUGAUCUUUACAUUGAACAAUGUGAUGUCUGUCCUUCACCUUAAAAAUAAACAAGGUAAAACAUUA